UUGGGCGUCACGUAAAAAAGGCGUGUAUAACCGUACACCUUCCCCUCUUGGUUAGAGUUAAGCUUGCAGAACAAUGAAGAUUCAAUGCGACGUGUGCAGCAAAAACGAGGCGCUGCUUUUCUGCACCGCCGACGACGCCGCCCUCUGCUCCGCCUGCGACCACCGCCUCCACCUCGCCGCCUCUAACCACCAUCGUUUCCCCCUCCUCCACUCCGACAACAGCAACAACAACCAUUUCCCUCUCUGCGACAUCUGUCAGGAAAGACGAGCGUUCUUGUUCUGCCAGCAAGACAGGGCGAUUCUGUGCAAGGAUUGCGAUCUUCCAAUCCAUUCGGUGAAUCGGCUUACUCGGAAUCAUGAACGUUUUCUUCUUACUGGUGUUGAGCUUUCAUGUGUUUCUGCUUCUCUACCUAAUUCGCAGCCUCUGCCCGCUAAUGUUUCUUCUACUUCUAUCUCACAUUCGCCUUCUGUUGCGGAGAGUUCGACUUCUACCGCCCCCAUUGCCACCGCCGACGCCAUGAAUGGUGUGGCAGAGUAUUUGAUUGAGGCGCUUCCUGAUUGGCAUUUUGAAGAAUUUAUUGGUUCUUCCUCUACCUCUACCACUGCUCCUCCUCCUUUUGCUUUCUCCAAGCUGCAGAGCGAUGAUGGUGAUUGGGUUUUUCCAUUUGUUGAUGGUGUAGUGGAAUUAGAAUGCACCACACAUUCUAUCUCACCGGAGCAUUGGAGGAUUUGGAGUUCCUGUGGCAGUGGUGUGAGAUUCAGAUGGAGGAGAAGAAGCAAUGUCGUCACGGUGGUCGUCGCAGCGGAGAUUCAUCUUUGGUCGACAACAUUCAGAUGUUCUUGAUUUUAAUUCUGAAAUCUCCUGCAUUUCCUGUCAAUGGGGAGCCUCUUUUGUGUGUGUGUCUACUUACAUUUUGGAUAAGAAAGAAGCGCGCUCUUCUUUUGGCCCAUCCAUACCUUCAACUUUUGUGGGAUUUCCUUUUUAUUCAUUUAUGGAGUACUGU